AUGUCAGCUCCGAUGCCGGUCAAUCAAACGGUUGUUCCAGCAUGGAACAGGAUGACAGGUGAGGAAGAAGGGACAGAUGACCUCGAUCCCGAUCUUAUGGAGAUCGAGGAACUGAAACAGAAGUCGAAACAAUAUAUAGAAAGACUGGAGCGUAACAGAAAGAAUUCGGUGAGGGAUAUUGUAGACGGAAUGCAGGACGUGCUAUCCGUCGUAACAGAAAUGAGGGGAGUGACUGCAUGGGAGAAGAAGGAUUUGGCGGUCACAAUCAGCGAAGUAGAGGAAGAGGUCAACACACUGGCCUCCCUAGUCAGUACGACCGGGUUGACCGAACUCUACCGAAAAUAUGUGGCCACCAAGGAAGACAAUAGAAAAUUGAAGAGGGAAAAUAAGAAGAUGAAAGAAGACAAGGAAGUAAAUGAGAGAAGGAUAAAAAGAAUGAGGGAAGAGAUAGAACAUCUGCACACAGAGGUGGACACCCUAAAGAUAGAAAUGACAGCUCUCGAAGAUAGAGCAAGGAGUGUUCCCGCCCCGGAGUGCGUGCCAGAAGAGUGGAGGAGGUCCCUCCUGGAGUCCGUCGGAACCUUGGUCAGCGCCAGGCUUAACGGACUCGAGGACAGGCUUUUACCGGCGCCGAACUACCGCCCUUCCCUGGCUGUCGACAAGCAUCCUGCCAAGGCAGCCAGCAGAAGAGCGACGACACAAGAAGGACAAAGCUCUCACCUGCCUUCAAAUAAUGAAGACAAGGAGGAGAGCGAGUGGACAAGGGUAACGGGAAGGAGGCAGAAGAGGAAAGCAACUCCUGCUGUGGCUCAGCAGCAACCGCCUACCCCACACGCGGCUACCUCUGUGCCCAAAACACCCACGGGCCGAGGGAAGAAGGAGAAAUAG